GGUCACGUGCGCAGCCCCGCUCGGCGCUGCGGAGCCGGAGGAGCCGGACGGGGCCGCGGAGCCGGGACGGGGCCGCGGGGCAGCGCCGGGACCGGCGCCGAGCGGGGUGAAUUAGAGAAAGUGACUCCCAGAGCACGCUGGCUGUAUGAACUCUUGAGCUGUCAAGAGACUGAGAGGCUUAUGAAGAGGUUCUGUCAGGCAAAACAGUGCUUAGCAAAGACACCAAGGAGGAGGGAAAAGGAGAAAGGGAGGGAGAGAGAGCUGAAACACUAACAAACCAUGAGAUCGAUCCGAUCUUUUGCUAACGAUGACCGCCACGUCAUGGUGAAACAUUCAACCAUUUAUCCAUCUCCAGAGGAGCUUGAAGCUGUCCAGAACAUGGUCUCAACAGUAGAAUGUGCCCUUAAGCAUGUCUCUGACUGGAUGGAUGAAAAGAACAAGUCUGCAAAGUGUGAGGGUGACGGGGAAGCCAAGGAGGAAGCUGCAGAAGGCAGUGCCAAGGAUCAAGGUGGUCGGACAUUAUGUGGUGUUAUGAGAAUUGGCCUGGUUGCAAAGGGCUUACUGAUCAAAGAUGAUAUGGAUCUGGAGCUGGUUCUCAUGUGCAAAGAAAAACCCACAAAGACCUUGUUAUGUAUCGUUAAAGACAAUCUCCCAGCUCAAAUUCAGAAACUUACAGAAGAGAAGUAUCUGGUGGAGGAGCAUGUAAAUGAGGCAGCUAUUGUUAUCCAUAACACAAAGGAGCCCAAGCUCACUUUGAAGGUGAUACUCACAUCCCCUCUCAUCCGAGAUGAAGCAGAGAAGAAGGAAGGAGUAGAUAAUGUUGCGAUGAAAGAUCCUCCGGACUUAUUGGACAGGCAGAAAUGCCUGGAGGCCUUGGCGUCUCUGCGGCACGCCAAAUGGUUUCAGGCCAGGGCAAAUGGACUAAAAUCAUGUGUAAUUGUCCUUCGUAUUCUGCGGGAUUUGUGCAACAGAGUCCCCACAUGGGCACCGCUGAAAGGCUGGCCACUCGAGCUUAUAUGUGAAAAAUCUAUAGGUACUUGUAAUAGACCUUUGGGUGCUGGGGAAGCGUUGCGACGAGUGAUGGAGUGUUUGGCAUCUGGAAUUCUGCUUCCUGGGGGCCCAGGGCUGCACGACCCCUGCGAGCGCGAGCCCACGGAUGCUUUGUCUUACAUGACAGUUCAGCAAAAAGAAGCCAUUACACACAGUGCUCAGCACGCGCUCAGAUUAUCAGCCUUUGGGCAGAUCUAUAAAGUUUUGGAAAUGGAUCCUCUCCCAUCAAAUAAAUCAUUUCAGAAAUAUUCCUGGUCAGUAACUGACAAAGAAGGUACAGGCUCAUCUGCUCUGAAGAGACCGUUUGAAGACAGUGUCGGGGAUGAUAAAGAUCCAAAUAAAAAGAUGAAGCGUAAUCUGAGGAAAAUACUAGAUAGUAAAGCAAUAGAUCUCAUGAAUGCUCUGAUGAGGCUGAACCAAAUCAGGCCAGGGCUUCAGUAUAAGCUGCUGUCACAGUCUGGUCCAGUCCAUGCCCCAGUCUUCACAAUGUCUGUAGAUGUUGAUGGUACGACUUAUGAAGCAUCAGGACCUUCUAAGAAAACAGCCAAGCUCCAUGUGGCAGUGAAGGUUUUACAAGCGAUGGGGUAUCCAACAGGUUUUGAUGCAGAUGCGGAGUGUGUAAGUUCUGAUGAAAAAUCAGAUACUGAAGGUAAAAAUGAAACAACGUCUUCAAUCUCAAGCAAUAAUAAUACUGGCAAUUCCACAGCUGACACCUCCGCUACCCUAGAGGUAAGAACUCAGGGUCCCAUACUCACAGCAAGUGGCAAAAACCCGGUGAUGGAGCUCAAUGAAAAGAGAAGAGGUCUGAAGUACGAGCUCAUCUCCGAGACAGGGGGAAGCCACGACAAGCGCUUUGUGAUGGAGGUAGAAGUAGAUGGGCAGAAGUUCAGAGGUGCAGGCCCAAACAAGAAAGUAGCAAAAGCAAGUGCUGCAUUAGCAGCACUUGAAAAACUGUUUUCUGGGCCUAAUGCAGCAAAUAACAAGAAAAAGAAGAUACUUCCUCAGACUAAAGGGGUUGUCAAUACAGCUGUUUCUGCAGCAGUCCAGGCUGUUCGAGGCAGAGGACGAGGUGCUUUAACACGAGGGGCAUUUGUUGGGGCAGCUGCUGCUACUGGAUACAUUACACCAGGCUAUGGAGCACCCUACGGAUACAGCACAGCAGCACCAGCCUACGGUUUACCCAAGAGAAUGGUUCUGUUACCAGUUAUGAAAUUCCCAACUUACCCUGUUCCCCACUACUCAUUCUUUUAGCAAAUGGCAGAAGCUAAUUCCUAUUGAUUGAACAACACAGUACAGUACAGAAUGUUAGAAGAAAAAAAGCCUUUUUAUCCUGUUUUCUUUGAACACAUACUUGAGCAAAGUCAUUUGUAAAGAAACAUCUUUUUCCUACUUUUUGAUUUUAACAAAAUGCAAAUUUAGUUCUCUAAAACUUGAAAAAAUGUUCUGUGAAAUGUUACCUCAUUUUCAAAUAACUUAUACCAGCCUUCUGUUAUAGGGAAGAACUAGAAGCUUAAAUCUUACGUUUUAAAUGAAGUAUCCGAUUAUGUAAAAUUAAAUUUGUGAAGGAUGUAUAGAAUAUAAAACACUGAUCACAAAUAAACUGUUUUGUUGUAACACAAGAGUACUGCCUGUUUCCUAAUGCAGUCACACAGACUCAGUUAAUGACCUGUAUUUGCUGUAGGGUUAUUAAAUGCAGGGCAUAGUUCUUUAAAAAACAAAAAUAAAAAUUAAAAAAAAAACACCCACAGGAUAGAAACUUUACAGUUAACAUUUAACUUUGUAAAUAUUAUGGUGUGUAAUAAACUUAGUAAAAUAUGGGUUAAAAUAUUGUUUUAUCUUAUUUUUUAUAGUUAAGCAUCAGUACCUGAGUUUCCUUAUAGAUCAGCAUACUGUAACUGUGAUUUUAGACACAGUCUUAAUUAUCCAAGAAGGCUUUUCACUCAUACACAAAAAGCUGAAAAACAAAAGAGACAAAGGGAAUUAGUCUGUCUCUGUAUAAGGCUGCAUUCUGUGAAACAAAUAUUAAACAAGUAUUAAAGGAAGUUCCCACAGAAGGAUGCAAUUCCAGGGAUACACCUAACACCUGUAUUGCCCAGAGAAAGGACAACAAUAAUGUUACAACCAGGAUCUUUAGAGCUUAAAAGCUACAUGUUUUCCUUUCUUUUGUUUUUACAAAAAAAAAAGAGAAAAGAGAGAAAAAAAAGAAAAAAAUUCCACUUGUUCUUGUGGCCUUCUUCACUUUUAAGAUUGUCUGCCCACCCUUAAUUUUCCAUCCACCAUUUCUAUAGAAAGCAUUUUAUUUGUCAAUUGUAUAUUAAACCAAAGGUUCUCCAUUUCCCCCUUACAUUUAUAAGAAUCUAAAGCAGCAACAAGGUCCCCAUGAAAACUUGCUAUUUAAUUGUCCCAGUUAUUGUUGAGUGCUGCUGUGAAAAGUGACACACUUCAGCCAUAGGCCAGUACUUUUUUAAGAGUUGGUGCUCAAACCCAGAGUCCUCUUUUUGAUGAGGAGUGUGUGCACCUGUCUGAAAUUCCGUAACAGGCCCCAGCUCCACAACUGGAGUCUCUAUGGACUGUGGACUGCUGUGGGCUCUAAGAAGGGAUUCCAGUGAUCUUUAUUAAGGUAUCACCCCACAAAUAAGCAGCAUUGUUGGUUGCACUCUCUCCUCAGCCCUCACCCGUUGCUUUUCUACAGGCUGUCUUUAGUUGCUGCUCUUCCAAAGAUUUGCCUUUAUGCCCUGUUCUCUAACAGGUGCUGCUGCUGAGGCAGGGGGAGCUGGAUCUGUGUUGAGGGUGUUGUAAGAGUGGUGCUUAAAACAGUGUAAAGUUCCUCCUUCCCCACAGCCCCCUUAGAGGGUGAGAAAUAUAGAAAAGCUGAAUAAGGGGUGGCUUAUAGAACAAGCUGCUUUCCCUGGAAUUAACUGCAGCUGUUAUUCUUAAGCUAAGUAUUUGUGCUUAGGAAUGUGUUUCCAUUUCCUCAGUUCUCUCCUGCCAUAGCUCUCGCUUCCGUUUGGUGUCGGUGGUACUUUAAUAAAACAGAGAGGAUGGCCCGGGGGAUGAGCCUGGUGUCACCCAUGGAACUCAGAGCAGGACUGGGGAUGGAGCCAAAUUGAGAGGUGCUCAGAAAUCACUGAUCUGUUUUGCUGGCCUAUGGAUGAAAGGAAGCCAUCACGGAGCAGAAAAAGCAUGGCUGAUCAGAGCCCAUUUUUGUUAAUCAAAUAUUCAUUAAAGGAAUCUUUCCUCCACACACAUUUUUUUUUUUCACCCCCUCUCUUUUGGAGUUCCCCUGAUUGGCAAAUGUUUGUAGUUUCCUUUUUUUUUUUCUGAAUCCCCAGUUUUGUAAAAUUCUAAACAAAAUAUUCCAUGAACCAAUUCUAUACAAUGAACAUUUGUAAGCCAAAAACUUGUUCUUAUUUCAAAGACAAGAAGGGCGCUAUGCUCUUUUCCAACAUGAUGGCAGUCAUUUCAGAUGAUUUAUAGAAGUCAUUUUUUAUUUUUUGUCAUUUGUUGGGAGUUACUAACCACAUUGUAAACUUGCCCCCUUGCUGCAUAUUUUACAUUUCUCUGCUUUACUGAAAAUAUGAAUGAGCUAUCAGUUCUUUGUUUAGAAAGUGAUAACCUUGGAAGUGUUAGAUGUUUCAAUACCUUCAAAGAAUUCAAAGUGCCCAUUUUACAAUGAAAAUUCCACUUGCAGCUGAAAGAGCAGAGAAAUUUAAAUGGAGCUUUAGCUUCAGCCAGUCUCAGAAAUUAACGUGAGGUUUUUGCUUCUCUGCUCUUCUCCCACUGUAGGUGGUUUUUUCAUUGACAGUCCCUAUUGCCAGCCUCUCAGCAUCGCACCUUUUAUUAUUCACUUGGGCCCUCAAGAUUUCUUCUCUGACUUCUAGAACCAUCAGGUUGUGUGGCUUCAAAUGGCAUUUUGUACAUGUCUUAAGCAAGAAAAACGUGGCUCGUUUUGAGUUUUCUCAACUUCAGACAUGGAAUCUGAGCUUUUUUCCUUUUUUUUUAUUUUUUAAAGAGUUUUUUUCACUUCUUGAACUUUGCUCCAUGUAAUGAAAAGCAAUACUUAGUCCAAGCCACAGUCCUCUCUUUGGGUACAUAGCAAUAGAUAUGUAUAUACUCCUGGUUAUUUCUUUACACUAGAAGGGGAAGGACUGGUGUGUUGAGGGGGGAAAACCAAACACCAAAACAAGGCACAACCUGGGUCAAGUGCUGCUUCAAGCACUGAAAUCUGCCUUUACUUUCACUAUUGAAAUCCUUCAGAAUUUUAAUACUACACUGUAUUUGCAUGUUUCCUAUAAAAGUUGCUACAGAGCCGUGCAAUGGUCACUCCUGAAGCAGCAGUGCUUUGUACCAUUGUGCAUGUCAGCAGACAUGAAAUGUAGCAAAAUGGCACAAGAAAAGAAACACAACAUAUUAUUUUCCAAAAUGUAACUGAGUGAUAUAUUCUCUCUUUUCCCCACAUCAUUGAUAUGAGGCACAAAAAUGGUAGGCCUGAACUUGAAAAUCAAGUGGAUUACUUUUGUGUCUCUUAAAAUCAUCACCAAAUGACAGGAAAACACAGUAUUUGGGAAACAUCCAGUUCAAAAACCUUAGCUACUCUAAAUUUACUGGGUUUUUUCCCUCUUGAAUAUUUGUAUGUUGAUAUUUUGAGAUUGUCAAUCAGCAAUAACUGAAAGGUGAAUGUUUUUUUAAAUGGUAUUGGAACAUCUAUACGUUGCAGCUUAAGACUUCUAAGCAGUUUUCAGCAGGUUAAUUCCACUUUAUUCUCAUUCUCUCCGGACCUUCAUAGCCAUAUGCACUUGUAUAAAAUAAGCAGAAAUGUAGUGACUGUAAGCUGAGAUCGUGAUAUAAAAGGUAAGAGAUUUUAUUUUCAGCUUAAAGAAUAUUUUUAUUGCUUUUUUUUCUAAAAAUCUCAUAUACCUGUGACAAUCUUGUAUAUGGCACGUUUUUAUUAUGUCUUGUUAACUCAGUGUUUGAAGAGCUAAUACAUAGGUCUGAAUCCCAACUUUUUAUUCUUAAGGCCAAUUCAAAUACUCCAGUUUCAGUUAAAAAAGAAAGUAUUAACUAACACUUAAGAAAUUGUUUGGUUUUAUCAACAGACUGUGAUUUUUCUCCUGUGUAGCAUAAAAAGCUGUGUUCAUACUGCUGUGUCAGGCACUGCAUUCCUUGCAUCCCUGUGGACACAUUUGGGUAGGUACCAAAGCCAGGCCAUGGCUGCUCUGAAUGCGCACCUUGGUUCUGGCUGUGUGUGAUGGGUGACACAAGAAUGAGAGAAAUUAUUUCCCUAAAUUAUUAAACCUAAACUCCAAAUGAAGAAUUAACAACGUUGAUGAUAUUACAGCUAAAAUGGGCAGAGAUCAAGUUACAUUAGACCAAAUUAAUUCAGGAAGCAGCCAGGUUUGCUUCCCUCCUGCAGGUGCAGUGCAGGACAGGAGGGCAGGCAGGCGGGGAUUUAUCUCUGUGUGAAUCCUUUGCUUAGCUGCGGUUUUCUGCAGCUGGAAAUUAGGAUACAGCCAUCCAUAAAUAAUUGUUUUUAGUUCUGCAGUAAAUGUUUUAACAAUAUUUUACUUAGAUUAAAAUGGGUUUGGAUUAUGACCUAUUGGUGCACAUGAUAUGUGUAGUUUUAAAGUACUAUUUUUUUAUUUGUCUUUUAAACCUUGCGUUAUGCAAAGUUGCAUAGUACAGUACUCCAGAAGUGCAGUACUUGCAGUACUUGAAGUUGCUGGAAACAAAUCUUUUUAUAUAAAAAUGGUUAAAAAAUAAAAAAGCAAAAGGGAGCAAGCUGAUGCUGAUGUAUUAGCAUUUUACGGUCUCAAUUCAGAGAUGAAAACAUGAACAACCCCUGACCAGUAACAGCUGACACUGGUGUCAAAGAGAAAACCACUUGGUACAGAAUAUGUAGUGGUGUAUCAAUCCCAAAGUUCUGCUUCAGAAAACUAACAGCAAAUAUAAACUACACUUGAUUUUAAUAUUGAAUCAUCAAAUUCACUAAGUAACUGCAUGUAUAGGUUAUCCAUUCCUCAGGAUAUUUCUGGAUAUAAUUCCUAGGCUGGUAAGAGAAAAAGAGCUGUUCAAUAGUGUCAGCUUUGUUCCUGUGGGCAGGAGCUUGCACCUGGAACGGAGGAGCUGUUCCAGGGCCUGGCCCUGGAAGCACAUAAUCCUGCAGGACAACUGAUGAGCAAUCAUAACAUCCUUCCUGUUCAGGGGACAGGUUUCCAUCUGCUCUUAUCUUCAAGGUGCAAAUGCAGGGCUGGAUCUGCAGCUCACCUACAGUCCCUUUCUGAGCCUGGCAGGGCCAGCAGUACUGAUCCAGGAGCAGCAGGCUGCUCUGCUCCUUCAGGUAGGAUAUUAUAUGCAUCAAGGUGCAUUAUAAUGAACUUCUCCUGAAUAUUUCUUUCCUAAGCUUAACUGCUGUCAGCCUGACAAGCACUGUCCACUUCAAGGACUGAUAAUAAACAUCUUGCUGACUCCCAUUUGAUCUGCUUCUUUGUGGACUGUGCUUGGCAGCUUACUCCAUCUGUACUUCUUUCCAGCAGAAUUGCUUUAACGUGAAUUCCUGUAUUUUUCUGUCAUCACUCUUUUAACUCUUAAAAUCUAAGCUUUCCACUCUCCUGCUUUUUUUUAAACUUUGUUGCAUCUUUUUUCUCUAGAUUUCUCUAAUAUCCUGACAUUUUUAAUGCAGUAAAGCAUUGCAGUAUUUUUGUCUGAGAUGGCCCCUUGCCUUCGCUGCCUUCCUUUUCAGUAGGAGAGAACCAUUUUCUGAUAUGUGAAACAUACUGUAUACUUGAGACUCCUAAAUCCUGGGUUCUGCAGCCACUUGGAAUCAGAGAGAAGACCCUAAGGUAAAUGAUUGCCUGGGAAUCCCUCUCAUUGAUCUGGAACUUGUGCAAAAUAGCCCUAUGUAUGGAAGAGCAGGCUCUGAAGUGCCUGAUAUAUUCGUGUUUGAGAGUAGCCAAUUCUAUCAGUAGGUUUUAGCCUAAUAUCAGGCUAUUACCUGAUGAAUAAUUUGGGUAACAUCUGCUUCAUCAAUGUUGCAACAAGCAUGGUUUUGCUAAGGCAGAACUAGAAACUCAUUUCUUCUGCAUAAUACUUGUAGGUUUCCUUUUAAAAGCCUCUUCACAGGAGCUUGGUCCGAAUUGCCUUUUCUGUGAGGUUGGAGGUCUGUGUUACAGCUACUGAGCUUUGUCCUUCUGCAUGUACCCAAGAGCCAAACACAUAAAUCUGGUUCUGUAUGCUCUGUGAGCUGCCAGUAGUGUUACCAAUUCUGGAGUGCCUUCUCAGUGGAGCAGAAAUGGUAUUUUACAGUUUGAAUUUCUGGUUCACGGAAAAGAAUUCUGAAAAAGUUCCUUUCAAUUAGUACAUCUAUAAAUAGCAGACCAGGGAAACUCUGUGCCUAUACACUACCCACCUUAAUGCUAGUUUUAGCUAACCAGAUGAUAGUGUGUAUUUUAGGAGAUGGUGUCUGGCACUUAAAGGAUUAAAAGCCAGAGAUUUACAAUAAAGGACUGACUUGUUUAAUGUGUUCUCUAUACUGGGAAUGAAUGGCAUCACCACUGACUUUGGAAUAACACCUGUGAGUUCUAGGGGGUCUGCUUCAGUCCUGCUUAGCCAGCCACAUGAGAUUCCUCCAGGCAUGCUCUACCUAGAGAAGGGUUUAGAGUAACCAGGCUGGUUUGGAGGGCUUGGCUAGCUCAAGGCAUGGUAUGUGGUGCUUCCUGCCAUGCUGUUCUCUCUGUGCCAGUGCUUGCUGUCUUCCUUAAGCACACAUGCAGGAGCUGGAACACGGUGACCUUAUUGCUGGGCGUUUUGCCAGUUGGAGGGAGGGAGGCCAGCCUAUGCUCCUGAAGGGAAUGUGUAACACAAGGCCUUGGUUGCCCAAGCAAUUUCUGUCGGACACAGUGCACAAUCCAACCCUCACAAAGGCAAUUUAGUGCCUGGGUAGGUGGUUCCUAAUCUGUCUAAUUUGCUGUCGUGUAGCCAGUGUGAGCUAAUUAGAUGAUUCAGCAAUUGUCAUGGCUCCCCACUUAAUGUGCUGUAAAUUCUGCUGCCACCACUUUCACUGCUGUUAAAUACCUUUGCUUCUGUGAAUUCUGUCCUACUGCUCUGCCUUUUCUGAUCAUCUAGUAUCUCUGUAAAUAACAGAUUCUCUCAAAUUAUGAAAUUGUUACAUAUAAGUAUCUAGAUUCUUAAAAACUUUUAAUCAGACUGUGAAGCACUUUAGAGAAAUGAGUUUUCCUACAAAUAUUUCAACUUAUUCAUGUGCCAGAGGACUAUUUCUACUCAUUAACAAAGAUCUGAAGACUGCUGCAGUAUCUCUCAUCUCUGGAGACAAGGAUUCUUUCUUUGAGAACACUUGCCUUCUGGUAGGAAAAAAAGAUUUAAAGGGUGUCUUAAUAAAAGACUAUGCCCUCAAGCCCCUGAAAGAACUUAACUGGGGGAAAGUGCACAAAUCUAAAAUUAUUUGAGGCUCUUUGCUUUCAUUGAGCUAUUGAGAACAAUUUUCCUGACAACAAGUUCCUCAGAUUAUUAAGACAUAGAAAAUGCAGGAGGAGGGGCAUGAAGAUUUUUCAAGUAGUCUAGGGAAAAAACUCUUCUGCUUGUUGGCUGUUCAGCUAUCGGACAUCAUUCUCUUGUCACUUCUUUAUCUCCAAGACAGCAAUAAAUGUGAGCAGUUUAACGUACUGUCUCUGAUCCAGUCCUGGCAAUGUCCCUUGGAGAGUAAGCGUGGCACUCCCUGUUUUUUUCUGCCACCAACUCCCUUUAAUAAAGUCCCUUGCUUAAUUUGUAAUUCUGCAUCUGUACUUCUGAGCCAAUCUAGAGGAGGGAUUGCUGAACAUCUCUCCAGAUUUGUAUAAACAACAAGACAGUAUCUCAGUCUUUACUCAGACAAAAUUAUGAGUUUCCUUCUGCCUCUUGUGCUUGGCAUAGUGAGAUAUGCUCACUCAGUAUUAGAACUUCUUGCCUUCAGCUAAAUUCUAAGACAGUUGCCUGUUACUUAAUGAAGGGAAAACUAUGUCCCAACCUCACUGAGUUCCAAGUCACAAAGCAGCUCACAAAAACAACUCCUAUUUCCGGUGGCUCUGGUCAACAGCACGGGAGCUCUGCUGCUGUGGAUUCCUUUGGAUACAGGAGGAGAUGUGUAAACAUGAAAUUCAGAUUGUUCUCAGUCAUGAAGCUGACUAAGGUCUCUCCUCUCUGGCAUCAAAAGAAUGAAAAUGAGCUCUGUGCUGGGCACACAGAGCUCAGUUAGGAAUGGCUAAGCUGUCUCAAAAACCAGUAAUUCAGCUCAAAUGUUCAGCACACAGACCCUCUUGGGCUUCCUGCUGAAUAAUCCAGUGAAAAAUGAGAUAUUUUAUCGACUUGUUUAAAGCAGAGCAAAGAGACAGGGUAGCUGAAUCUGCUGUCCUAGCACAGGAGACAGCUUGUCUAAGGGCUUGUUGGUUUCACUCCACUGCAAGUGGAAAUUCUGCUAAAGUCAUUUCAGAGCACUUCACCAGAGAAACCCAGCACUGAGGUCCUGUGCCUAUGAACCACUGCAGCAGUUUCACGUGCACUUUCUUUUCAACAUAAACCAUUUAAAAGCCAGUGGUUAAGUUUUGGCAUUAAGGGAUUUGUCAUCACUAAACAGUUUUAUUACUUAAUCUCAGAGUGAUGUCUCUUCAGCUUUUGUGUCAUCUGCAUCCAUACCUAUUUAUGUCCAGGUAUUCUGGUGCUUGCUUUUUCUGCUCAUAGAUAUGGGAUUCACUUGUUGGUUUGUAACUGAUAUGUGAGAUAAUACAAAAGCACAAGUAGAACACAUCUGUCUACUUCCUCUCUCUAGAGUUUCCUAGGGAGUUUCCUCCCAGAUUCGUCUGAUGCUGCGUAGGCAAGGCAAUGCUUUACUGUGAGUGCUGUAAGUUAGGUAAGAGAAAAGUUCAUCAGACAGUAAGGUUUAAAUUCAGUAAAAUGGGGUUUUUUCUCCAGUUCCUGAGAUUGCAUGAAACAUUCAGACCACACUGUUUACCUUGAUGUUUUCAAAGAGCUCAAUGUCAAAAAGUGGUGUGAGGAGAUGUGCAGUUCUAAAGCAUAUCUCUUAUUUUGGAUGUUGUUUUCUCUUAUAUUUGGUGCCUUAACUCUAUACAAUUUAAGGUCAUACAUACCAUACCACAGGUAGUUUAGUAGUACUUGAAAAGAACCCAUCAAGCCUAGUCUAUAGAAACUCUUAUACAGACUGAAGCCUUCUCAGGGGGAGUACUCUUCCACGUUUAAUUAAUAAUCCACCAAGAAGUGAGAAUUAUAAGAAUGUAAAGAGCAUUUAAAAAUUUUAACUGCAGAGACUGAAUUUAUCUGAAACUGAAUUUAUCUGAUUUCUAGCUUCAAAGGUUUGGGGUAGUAAGAUAAUUAAAGCUGCAGUCUCUUCUAUGCUGUGUAAGUAAACAACUUCAAAACAUUUUCUCACCAGCUAGAACUGCAUGUUUGUGAAAACCUCUGGACUGUUAUCUCUACCAGAAUAAAUAACACUUAUUUUUAAAAGGCAUUAAUUGAAUGUAACUGGCUAUCCUUCAUUGGUUAGUACAAGGGAGUUGGAAUGAGCAAGAGCUGCAGUUAAUUUCUAAUUAAUUAAACUUAAGCCUCAUUCAUAUCUUUAACCAGGAUCUAGAAGCUCCAGCUGCCUUAUGCUGAUUUGCAGUUCAUGAGGAGUAGUGCAGCAUCAGCUUGAACACAGGAUUUCUGAAUACAUCUGGUUCUGGCAGAAUACACUGAGGUGAGAGAGAGAAAAGAUAACAAUGGAAGUGAAUGUCCUUCUGCAGUUUGAGAAGUAGAGCAGCAUAGAUAUUAGUUGGAGGGAAAGUUGCACUGCCUUUUCCAAGUCCGUAAGAGAGUCUGUGUUAAAACCAGGAGGUUUGUGUGUGCUGGGGAAAGCCAGCAGCCUACUGUACUAUGAGCAGGGGGAGCUGGGAUUGCUUUUGCAAUAGUUAGAGAGAAACUAGCCAGAGGUUUAAGCUAGAGGUUUAAGCAGGCUAAAAGCUGUUACUGAUGUUGCUACAGGAGAUAAAUUUAUUUUUUCUGUUCAGUAGACAAGUCCAGAAUUGUUUUCCAAAGGAGGAAUGCGAGAAAUCCCAUGGACUAAUUUUGUUUCCUGCUGCAGCCCUACCCAAAAGGGAGAUAGUUCCAGGCAGUGUACAGAGCAUGCAACUGAAUUUUGGAAGGGAGAGGAAUAAUAGUAAUUUGCUCAGAAGGAAUUGUAGUUAGUUAUUUGUGCAAUGCCCACAGUAUUCUAGACAAGCUGCCUUUACACAGAGGAGCAUAACAGCAAGGGAAAGCAGAUCCUGCUCCCAUAAUGACCACAAUGUGUAAUGUACACAUUUCAGGUCACCAAUAUUGGUUUAACUCCUUCUGACAAAGUAGGUUCAUCUUAUCAGCAAAGUGUAUUUUGACAUUCUAUCCACUUCUAUUUUUUAAGCUAAAGGGAAGUUAAUUAUAGCACUCAUCUGUUUUGAAGGGAGUAGAGCAGAAGGUAAGUUUUAACUUCAUACUUUGAAUAUGCUAUGAAUAGAUUAACAGUGUUCCAUGGAAACAACCUGAUGUACUUUAUUUUCUUCGAGCUUCAUUUCUGUGUACUUGCAAAAGCACAAGCUUGCCUAAGCGUAAUCAAUACAAAGUUACUCAGGGUACUGCAUCAUCUCCACAGUGGACACUAACUGCAUCGUAAGUCAACAGGCACACAUAAAUCAAGCUUAAUUAAGAGGAACAGGACAUCUUGGCAAGUUUUGCUUUACUACUGGCACUGCUACAAUUUAAUGAUCUAUGCAUACCGAAAUGUGUGUAUUGCUGCACUCCCAACAGAAUGUGAGUCUUGUAAGGGUGUCCUGUAAAGUAACAAAGUCAGGGUUGGAGAGACAGUAUUUAUUCUUCUGUCAUUAUUUUUACAAAUAACUGUUUCUAAGCAGAUGGAAAGUCAUUCUGCUCAAAGGAGAAUAACGGUGGGCUAGAGAACAUUCAGAGCAGUACAGCUUUUGAAAAGUUAGUGAUCCUAUGAAUUCAAUUACAAAAAUUCUGAUUUGCAGUAUAGAUUCUUUCCUGUGUUUUUAAACUCAUAUCACUGUUUUAUCACUGUUUCCCUGCUCAAAAUAACAGAAUAAAGACAAGUGUAGUUUUCUAAUCACAUCUAUUGUGUGGAAAUCCACAUACACUGGAAGAAAAGGGAGGCUGUACUGCAGAGGGCAUAUUCAACUACAGAGCCAUUCUCUGGGCAAUGCUGCAUAAUUUAGGAGUGAGUAACCAUGCCUUCAGGGACAACAUGACACAGAGCAGAUGGUUGAAAAAAAAAAUCACAGAAAAAAGCCUCCAAGCUUUGUCCAAUCGUACAUUUACCCCUCCCUGCAAAAGGAGACAGGUACAUUCAUACACAUAAUGAGUUAUCUGUCAGGCAUCACAGAGGUCCUUAAGGACAAAUGUUUUGGAGCCAGUCUCCUUUUGGACAGAAAAAGGAGGAAGUUGACUCUGUCUUCCAGUUCCAAGGUGCAGUGUCUUAUUUCUCAUCCUAACCCUAAGUCAAUAUUUAUUGAUCAAACUGACUAAGCUUUUUAGGCCGACCAGCUCUCUACGAAGCAACUCUGUUCUCUUGAGCCUCUGCAGGGGCCAGUAACUGGUGCUUAACUACUGCUUCCACUCCGGAAUGUCACCGUCCUCCAGCUGCCCCAGAGCCAGCCUGGGACACUUGCACUUCUCAGAGAGCAACACUGCUGGGUGGGGGCUCUCCAAAGCACUGAUGUACUACAGCAGAGCAAGUCCCAGUGGGCUGUAUGCUUUUUAAAGUCCUGUCCAGUUCUUAGUGACUAAGUUGAGCAUGAAACCUGUACUGCCAAAUGUACCAGUCCCUUGCUGAGAAGGGCAUCAAUGGGAAGCAGUCUCAGAAGUGGAGAUUUUAAGGAAAGGCUGGUGCUUUCCAAGGCCAACUCACAGGCUUUUUUUUUUUAAUGGCUGAAUUUCCACACCCCAAAAAUCACCAUCCACCAAAUCAAUUAAAAUUGCUGCUAAUUUGGGCUAAAAGAUCACCUCUGUGUAACCCAAACUACCACCAUCCAUGCAUUGAAAGAAUUUCUAAGCAAAGACUCCUCAGGAGGCAGAGCCCUUCUGACAGGAGAUCUGGCAGUGCAGUCUGAUGUGACUUUUCUGAUGAUAAUUACUUCUCCAAGAUAAGGAAAAUACAGAGGCAGUGCUUUGGGACAGUGUUUCAUGCUCAGCAAGUUUGUAAAGGGAAGGAAUGCAAUUCUCUAAAUCACUUGUACUGUAUUUGUUUCUAGACUUGAAUGAAUUUCACUUUUCCUUUGUGAGUCAGCAUAUUAAACGUUAAAGAAAAGGUAUAUUUUUCUAAAUCUCUUUCACCAACAGAGGUCUGACCUGCAGCCAAGAGGUGGAUUUAUUUAUCCACAGAGGAUGGAGUGUUUAUUUUUGAACUAAGACUGGAUAUGGCAUUGAAUAAAAAGAAGUACUAUCUAUAAACUAUCUAAACCUUAAAUACUAUGAAUGAAUUCCACAAACGAGUAAUAUGGUGAACGAUUCCAUCUUUCUUCCCAAUAAAUCUCUCUCAAAGAAGUUACCCAGAAUUGAACUUCCAAAUGAACUACAAGAGAUCCUUGUGGUCUAAUUACAGACUACUUUCAAAAUACUUCAGUUUUCUCUCAAUCUGUAAUCAGUAGAGAACAAUGAUGACUGAACUAUUCCCAACUAUAAAUAAAGCAAUUUCAAAUAAAGUAAUCUGGCAACAACCAUGGCUAUUUAUAGCACCAAAAGUGUAAUUUGAACACUUGAAUUUUCUAAAUUUGGUAGCAGUUGAAUGGGAAGAAAAAUAACUGCACAGUGAAUUUUGAAUUGAGCUGUAUCUACUCACUAGCCAAAAAAGCCUGCAAAUGUAAAGGGAACGCUCUUUGUACCUUCAGUUGCUUCCUGCCCUGCUGCUGUACCCCGUACACUUGGCUUCAUUUGGCUUCUGUGCUGUGGUUUGUACGCCAGCCACUGUUACUGACUGUACACAACACAAGCUGCACUGUAAUCUCGGGUCAUUUCCACUGGUUGUAACCCAACGCUCCAGACUUCUCUGUAUAUAAAACUGCAACCAUGUCCCAUUUGCUUCCAAUAACUUCAAUAAAGACAUAUCUCUGUAAAAGGAA